AUGUCGUCGACUACGAUGGCCAAGAAGAACAAGGGGAAGAAAGUGACCGAUCCGAAUGAGACCUCGAAACUACUCGCCGCGAAGAUCUCUCAGUUGGAGCAAGAUGCUGCCGGUGAAAAGGAUCAAGAGCAGGAAAUCGAGCGCGAAGUGAAGAAAGCUACCCGAGACCUCAAUCAGCUACUGAACAAUAUCGAAUCUCCGAUGACUCGUUUGGAAACCGUGCACAAGAAGUAUAUCGAGCUACUAUCGGAUAUGAAGAAGCUGGACCGCGACUACGCGAAGAGCAAAAAGCGUGCGGACCAGGUGCAAAAGGACCAAGAGAAGGGGAAAUCGGAGUUGAAUAAGACUGUGACUAUGAAGGACAAGCUGGAGAAGCUGUGUCGCGAGCUGACAAAGGAAAAUAAAAAAGUCAAAGACGAAAACAAAAAGCUCGAAGAUACGGAAAAGAAGGCUCGUCUCAUCGUUAACGAACGACUCGACUCUCUCCUGUAUGAUAUUCAGGAUGUCAUGGCUGCCAAAGGGAACCCUCGCAACGAAAAGGUGGACGUGGAUCUGGAAGAAGCUCUCCGCGUGAAGCUCAAGACGAUCAACGAACAAUUCGAUACUCGAGAACUACACUACAAGUGUCUCCUCCGUAGCAAGGACUCUGAGAUCCAAAGUUUGACCAGCAAAUAUGAGGAACAACGCCGGAAUGCCGACACUGAGACCGCUCGAGGCCGAGCAUUAAGUGCUCAGGUCUCCACUUUCUCACAUACCGAGGCGGAACUGCGGAGCCAGCUCAAUAUCUACGUAGAGAAGUUCAAGCAGGUCGAGGAUACUCUCAACAACAGUAACGAGCUUUUCCUAACCUUCCGCAAGGAAAUGGAAGAGAUGUCGAAAAAGACCAAGCGCUUAGAAAAAGAGAACCAUACCCUGAAUCGCAAGCACGAGCAAACGAACCGGAAUAUUCUCGAAAUGGCCGAGGAACGUACCCGAAACCAAGAGGAAAUGGAACGAUGGCGCCGAAAGUGCCAACAUCUAGAGACUCUAUGCCGUCGGAUGCAGGCCCAAGGCCGUGGUGAAGGGCUGCCGGAAGGGGAUGAGCAUUUGGACCAUGACGACGAAGGGACUGAGAGUGAAUACGACGAUGAUUAUGAGGACGAGGAAGAAUUAAGUGAAGAGGGCGAUCUGGACGAGCCUGACCGCGACGUUUCCCCGUGCCGACACAUCUUCGCAGAGGCCGGUUUUUGGACCCCCUCCUCCACCGAACCUGCUAGAGGCGCGAGCAUCGAAGAGUGCCGCUGUGCUUAA